GCAGUAAAAAAAGAAAAGAAAAGUAAGCUUAGGUGCUUUUGAUAAUUGAAAUCAAAGUUUAGUGACAGGAUUGGUAAUUAUCUUGUGAAAUUAACGAAAACCCUCCAAAUCGAAAUAUUUCCCCCCCUUAUCACCAGAUGGCACUUCUGUAAUAUCGGAGGGACUCCAUGCAAUUGCAGAGGCUCCGCGCCCUCGAGCCCCUCCACGCUCCCUCUCUCUUCUUCGCGGAAUCACAGGCCACUCCCUUCGUUCGCCGGCCCGUCGGGCCCGACACCUGCGUCGCCCUCGUCAAGCAAUGCGGCUCCUUGACCUCCCUGAAGGCCGUCCACGCCUCCAUGCUCCGGUCCCACCUCCACCUCAACCUCCACUUCCUCACCCACCUCGUCGCCAGGUACGCGUCUCUGAACGCCCUCCCUCACGCGCACGCUCUGUUCUCGCGCUCUGAGUCUUCCGACGUCUUCCUCUGGAACGUCAUGAUCCGGGGCUGCGUGGACGGCCUCCAGUAUCGACCCUCUCUGGGCAUCUACGCUCGAAUGCGAGGGCUGGGCAUUGUUCCGGACAAUUUCGCGUUCCCUUUCGUCCUCAAGGCGUGUGGGUGUCUCGGGGAUUUAAAGUCCGGGGCUUUGGUUCACCACGACGCGUUGCGAUCUGGGUACGACUCGGACGUGUUUGUGGGCAACUCCCUCGUGGCCAUGUACGGGAAGUGUGGGCGCGUGGACAUUGCCAGGCGGGUGUUUGAUAGGAUGCCUGAGACGACCGUUGUCUCGUGGAGUUCGAUAAUUGGUGCGUACGCGCGAAACGGGUGCUAUGAGGAUGGCUUGCGCUUGUUUUGGGAGAUGUUGGAUCGGGGAGUCCGUCCGAACAAGGGGGCAGCUUUGGAUGUAAUGGCUUGUGUGCACAGGGAAGCUGAGGCUGAUGUGGUUUGUAGAGUUGCGAUGGAUAAUGGACUCGAUUCAGAUCUCUCUGUCCUAAAUACGGCAAUGAUCAUGUAUUCGAGGUGCGGUAGAAUCGAUGUCGCGCGAACCCUCUUCGACGGGAUACAUGACAAGGACUUGGUGUGUUGGUCGGCCAUGAUCGAGGCGUAUGCCAAAGCUGAUAUGCCUUUAAAAGCUUUGGAUCUCUUUGGAGAGUUGUUAUACUUGUGUAUCGACCCUGAUGCAAUAACAUUACUUAGUGUGCUCCGAGCUUGUUUGGAGUUAGGUUCUCUUUUGCAAGCUUGCACGGUGCAUGCAAUCAUAAUUCGCAGAUUUUUCGAAAAUCGUGUUGCGCUAAGUACUUGUAUGGUAGAUCUCUACGCCAAAUGUGGAAAUUUAGAGCAUGCUAGGAAGUUAUUUGAUCAGAUGCCUGAGAAGAAUUUGAUAUCUUGGAGUGCUAUGAUAUCUGGAUAUGCGAUGCAUGGAAAUGGUAGAGAAGCACUCUACCUCUUUGAUCAGAUGAAGUUUUCUGUAAAACCUGACCACAUUUUAUUUGUAUCAGUUUUAUCGGCCUGUAGCCAUUCGGGGUUGCUAAAUGAAGGAUGGGAGUGCUUUGAAUCCAUGAGUAGAGAUUUUGGGGUUACACCAAUACAUGAACAUUACGCCUGUAUGGUAGACCUAUUAGGUCGAGCUGGACGUUUGGAUGAAGCAGUGGAUUUUAUUGAGAGAAUGCCAAUAGAACCAAAUGCCGGUGUAUGGGGAGCAUUGCUUGGAGCAUCUCGUAUCCAUAGGGAUGUAGAACGGGCUGAAAAGGCAGCAAAGUUUUUAUUUGAACUGGAUCCUGAGAACCCUGGUCGUUAUGCUGUAUUGUCCAACCUUUAUGCAUCAUUAGGAAAUAAGGAAGAAGCUGACCAAAUAAGAGACCUUAUGAAAAGGAGGGAAGUGAGGAAACUUUCGGGCCACACAAUUAUAGAAAUUGGGAACAGAAUCUACACGUUCGUGGCAGGGGACAGAUCACAUCCACAAACAGAUGUGAUCUAUUCAGAAUUGGACAAACUAAUGGCUAAAACUCAGCUAGAAGGGUAUAAGCCAAACUUCCAUGAAGCUGAGGAAGAGAUUAAGGAAAUCAUGUAAUAUGCGCACAGUGUGAAGUUAGCAAUUGUCUUCAGGAAUCUAAAUAUAGCAUCAAGGAGUGUCAUAGGUAUAGGAAGAACCUUAGAGUUUUUGGUGAUUGCCAUAAUGCUAUGAACUUUUCUUCCAAGGAAACUGAAUCAUCAUGAGAGAUGCUCACAGGUUCUAUCAUAUUAAAGAUGAUUCUUGCUCUUGCUGAGAUUACUGAGGAUCAUAUUGAAAUCUGGCUGACAAAUCUUUGGAUUUACUUCUCUUUUUAAGGUGGCAGUUCGGAUCAAGACUUGUCAUUAUUUCUGAUGAGAUGGAGAUAUUCGAAGUCUUCCGUGGCUGGACAAAUUUAUUUGGCUUAUCCAAAAGACUUUUUCAUGAUCUUUCGCGGUGUGCAGCCCUAUGCAUCUUUCUCUUGAUUGCCUAGUGAAGAUCAGUGAAAUUAGUGGGGAUAUAGAGGAAUAUUUUCUUCAUAGCAUGAACGAGACUUCUUAUGCGAUCUAUUUUGUCUGAACUGCAUACGUGCUUAUCUUGUGACAGUUAUCAAUCUUGGAGCUCAUGGAAUUGAGCAAUAUAUCACUCCAUUUAAAGGAUCUCAAAACACUGGACUUCUUCCUGAAGCUCAUAUCUGAUCACUCGUCAGCUCCAGCAAUGAUUUCAACAUGAUUGGGUCAAAAUCUGCAACGGAAGUUAUAAUGAUGGGAUGGAAUUCUAAACAGAUUCGUCUAAUGCACUCUGGUAAAGAAGUUCAAUUUCAGUUGUCGAUCGCUUCUUCAUGAAAUCCUCAUCUGGACAAGAACAUGGACAAUCGCACUAUGGGAGUUAUUUAGAAUUGACUGCACCAAAAAGUGUUUUGUGCGGUUCAUAUUUUUCCGGACCGAAAGAUGUUGACAGGUUUGGAUUUAGCCUUAUAUCAGGAAAGAGCUCUGAUCAAAAUCUCUUACAGGCUAAUUCAGCAGUAUUCCAUUGGUUCUGCACUUGUCAGUCAGUAUCAUACAUCAGCCCCAGAUGAUGCAUCCUAGGAGGUUGACUAUUCCUCUAGUUGCAGAGCAUCUUCGAGCAACAUAACAGGAAUUUCGAUUCCUAGGCAGGACCUUGCCUUAUCUCUUGAAAUAUGGCAUUGGGGAAACUAACUACUUGCUGCCUGAUGCAUAUUUCCGUGUUCAUCACAGUGGCCCUCCUAAGUUCUGGAAAUGCUAGUGGAGCUGCAGUUCACCAUGAAUUUGUCUCGAUUACCAGUUUGAAAUUCAGGGGCGUGGCAACAGUGAGAACC